ACUAUCCAUCCAUCCAAUUCAUCCUCCGGGAUCUCUGUGGGCCGGUCUGAUUCGGGACAGGAGCAACAGGAGCGUUGGUGUUGGAAUUUGCAGGGGUUACCACACGUGUGAUUGAAAAACAAGACACGCUUUAAAAAUACCGCGGCCAUACAAAGCCGCAAGAUCAUGUCGCAACGAUGGGAAGAUGGAAAAAGACUCAAGUAAACGUUCCAGUCCGGAGAGCGAACUCUUCCGAGCAAAGUUUGAAAAGCUUCACCGGCGUGCUUUGGCUGGAGACAUCCCCGAAGAGGAGAUCGUAAAAUGUCUAAAAGAAGAACUGAGCAAGGUGGUGCCUCCCAGACGAUUUCGCUUGUCACUGUGGUUAAAAUGUUUCAUCAUCAUCGCCGCAUUUGCAAUGUCAUACGACAGUUUGGAAGACGUUCCGUGUCUACUGGAGCCCAGUGCUGUCUUUAUGGAAAUGACACGCCCUAUCGCGGAUUGUGCCUUCUGCAAAGUUGACGGAUUCUUCGAGAGCGAAAACAUGACGAGGGAAUUGUUUUUGGAAAUCGGUUAUUCCGACCGACCCAUCAUCUUACGCGGAGCAGCGAAAAACUGGAAAGCUAUGAAAACAUUUAACUUCAGCUUCUUCAAGGCAGCCUACACUACCGCUAGCAGCUCACUCAAAACGAACGACGAGUACUGCCAGUUUUUUCAGUACAAAUGUAAUUUCGAGACGCUCGAAGAUUUUUUCAACAUGCCGGACUCUCCGGACGCAGGAACGUGGUACGUCGGAUGGAGCAACUGUGAUCACAGGGUGGCUCAAGCCCUACGGGAACAUUACACGAGACCGGCAUUCCUUCCGGAGGAUUCCGAGGCGAGCAUCAUAGAUUGGAUCUUCAUGGGCUACUCUGGUAAUGGCGCUACGAUGCACCUAGAUUAUGUCCUGAGACCAUCCUGGCAGGCCCAGAUAUCUGGACGCAAGAGCUGGCAUCUGGUUCCUCCCCCUGAAUGCGAGGACGUCUGUCGGUCCCUGUCCAUUACGGCCGAACCGGGUGACAUGGUCAUGAUUAACACCAACAAGUGGUAUCAUGGCACGUGGGUGGAGCCCGGCGAGAUCAGCAUCACUAUCGGUUCAGAGUAUGACUGAGAGGAUUCUUACAGGUUGCACACUCUUGUUCAUAGCUGCUUGUACCUGAUGCAGGUGCCUGACGCAGCAAACAGAAAAUAAGCUAAUAUUCGGGACACUUUCGACACGAGGCUCAACUUGUCGAGCAAGGAAGCAAGUGAGCCGGUGUAAUGAAUUUGUGCUGCUGUGUUCCACGGCGGUUUUAGCGCUUUUAAAGGGA